CGAUACAAUGAAAAGAGAGCAAGACGAUGAUGAUCAUAUGAUUGUGUGAACCCAGAAGAAGAAGAAAAAUGAAGAGAUACCAAAAUCUAAUGGUAGGAGAAGCUCUCUCCAAAAAUCAUCUAUACCCAUUUGUUUGCAAUGAACUCAGCUCCGUUUUGAAUCUUGCUUACUCUCAAUUACCCAAAAAUGUCAAAGCUUUGAUCUUUCAAGAUACCCUCUCCGCUUUUCGUCUUCUUCCUGACAUAAACACAUCAGCUGCUGUUUCAGCUGCUAACAUUCUCUUGAAGAGCGUGGAAGCCGUGCUGCCCAAACAGAAGAAGAACUUAGCUAUUGUAGAAUUCAAGCAGGCAAAAGUAGCACUCACCAGACGCAGUAAGAGCCAUGAGGAAGAUAUUGAUAUACCUUCACUUCCACAAGAUAUCCUUAUUCAUAUCUUCAGUUUCCUCGAUGUAUCGUCCUUACUUUCCUCAGCCCAAGUGUCUCGCUCAUGGAACCAAGCUACGCAUGAUGACUCUCUGUGGCGAUCACUAUUUGAAGUUCACUUCUAUCACAAACGCGUGAUUCGUAUUCAAUCCGGUAUUGAUUGGAGAGAAGCCUUCAAGAAAGCAUAUUUCGCGGCUAAUUCAUCCAAGGCGUUAAGAUCUGGCCGAGGAUACUGCAACUACUGUGAUUCUAUUGUUUGGCACGACAACUUGAGAUGUCCGAACAAACAAUGUCGGUUGAAAUCAGGCAACAAGUCGGUCGACCUUAUAUCAACUCACCAGGUUGUGAACUAUUUACUGGGGGUAGCAAGUUCGUCUGAUGAAAGUGAAUCAGAUGAUGAAGCCGUUCCCGGACUAUGGGCUUAUCCUACACUACACUAAUUUCGUAGCUUCAUUUCAGUGUAAACUUUGUUACUCUUAUAUACACACAUUCAUAUUCAUAGUUAAUAACUUAAUAUACAGAGAAAAGACAAUAAAAAAGGAACGAUUAAGCCAAUGACUACACAAUGUCAAUGUUUUUCUUAUGUACAUAUAAUGAUAAUUAGUCGUGGAAAGCAUUUACAUUAGUGGUUUUUUA